UAGGUCUUCCUUCCAUUCUUUUCUCUUUUUGAUAAGCAAAAAAUCAACUUUAGAAGGAAUGUCUAACCUACAGCUGAAAGAGGCAGCUCUUGUCUACCUUGAUAGAAGUGGAGGGCUUCAGAAAUUUAUAGAAGACUGCAAGCUCUACAAUGAUUCAAAACAAAGUUAUGCUGUAUAUCGGUUCAAUAUUUCAAUAAAUCCUUCUGACAUUGUUGAAUUGGAUGCAGUUCUUGGAAAUCAUAUUUUACAUGAACCUUUAAAAGCUGCUCAACUUUUUCAAUCAGUUUGUUUUGUUGCUGUUAAAACUCUUAACUUAAUCGAACAAUUACAGACUGAAACUCAAAUUAACAUAGUGCUGAAAUUAACACAUUUGCCUCUUCUGCCAAAUUAUGGGCUUGAUCUUUGUGAGUUUCCAUUUGAUUACCUGUCUCAGAGGUUUUAUAUGAUACAAGGAAUAAUAAUUGCAAUGACAACAGUAACUAAAUAUACACAAGGAGCAAGAUUCCUUUGUUCAGAUGAAACAUGCCCUCUUUCUGAAGGAUUUCGGUAUAUAAGAGUGCAUGUGCCUGGUGCCACGGAAUCUACAACAGUGAGAAGUGAUUUCUCCUGUAAUCUCUGUACUUCCCCACUUCGAGAAGACAGAAAAUUUAGAGUACUCGGUGAUAAACAGAUAGCGGAAAUAAUUACAGCAAAGUCACUUACUGCUUUUCGAGGAUGUCCCAACAAUCAGCCAAUGAGAUUUCAGUCUCUUACAAUUUUUCUAAGAGAUGAAUUAAGCAAUAAAAUCAAAAUAGGAAGUGAAUAUAUAAUUGUUGGAAUUCCAACUUGUGUUAAAAACUCUUCACAAACCAUUGUUUGUAUAGAGGCCAACAGCAUAAAUUUGUACAGUCCAAAAGUGCCUUCUGGUAUUAGUGACAACUUCAGGUAUCUGCUGUCUUUGACUUCACACUCAUGCUGGAAAUUUACAGCUAUCCUAGCCAAUAUUUUUGCAUCACAGAUCGUUCCUCCAGGGACUUACAGCAUGUUAAAACUUUGUUUAUUGAUGAGUCUAGUACAGACAAAUGAUAGAAACAAGGAAGUUGAAGAUUGCCUGGACAUUUUAAUUGUAACAAGUGAUACCUUACUUGUAGACAGGCUUUUGAAUUUCUGUGUAUGUCUUGUGCCUCGAGGUAUACGUCAUCCAACAUCUAGUGAAAUUUUUCCUACUCUGUCCAGAGAUAAAUAUGGAACUGGAGUUGCUAGCAUUCAAGCUUGUAGUGCCUUACUAGCUAAAGAUGGUAUCUGCUACAUAGGAGAUUUGUUGUCACAUAGAAAAGAUAAACUUGAACUUCUUCAAUCUGUUUUAGAAAGCAGAAACAUUACAGUUUAUAUUCCUGGAAAGAAGUAUGGAGAUGGUGUUGAUCAGCAAGUUACUUUUUCAGUUCAAUCCAGUUUUUGGUCUUUUAUUGAUUUGGACUCAUCCUCAAAGAGACAUGUUCAUAGAAACAGCACUUUAAUUGGUCAAGUGGAUUUCAGUUUGAUUCCAGCUAACCUUAUGGAUGCAUUUGGAUUGUUGAUUUAUUGUAACGAAUCAUCUCCUUGCCACCCAGUUCUUCCUUCUGUACAACAUAGUUUAAAAAAAGCCAUUGAUCCUGAAAAAGUGCUUUAUGAAACUUCUAAAAAGUUUACAGAACAAGAUUAUGAAAAGCUCAUUGCUUUUGCAAAGAAUCUACAUGUGGAGAUCAGUUUGGAGGCAGAAAAAAUGAUUCAUGGUUAUUACCUAGCAAGUCGGAGAAUCAGAACAGAUUCUAUACAUGGAUCAAAGCUAUCAGCAUCAGCAUUGAAAUGUUUAGUUUCUUUAUCUGAAGCACAUGCUAGGCUGAGUUUAAGGAAUAAGGUGCUUAAAGAAGAUGUCUUAAUUGCAGUUUUAUUAUUUGAAACAUCUCUGACACUGAAAUAUGGGGCUGCUGUAUUUUGUAUAGCUCCAAAUGCAUUAUUUCCAUUUGAUCUCUGUGACGAAGUGCAUUUAGAGGAAAGGGAUGCUUAUCUAAUUCAGUACCAACAACAACUUCAAGAAUUUAUUGAAGCAUAUGGACCAGGAUCAAUUAUUGCUACAAAUGAAGAAUAGUCUUGUUUGGUGAAAGUAUUUUUGGUUUAUUCUGGGAUUUGGUGGCGAAGGAGAGGGGAAGACUAUAAAUAGUGAUACUGUUUGUAGUGAUCAAAAUAUAGCAUGUAAUCACUAGAGUAUUACAAUUGACAAGUCAAUGAAUAAGCAAAGUUGCCACAUAUAACCCUGCAAGAGAAACAUUUCUGGAUAGUAUGUUAUAACAGAGAAUGAAAGGGAUGAAAAUAAAGUUAGUGUUUUGUGAAAUGUUAUCAUAUUUUAAAAAUUGUAAUUUAUGAUCUCUACCACAAGAUGGAAACAUUUAAAUUGUGAAAUGAUUACACUUUAUAUUUACAUGAACAGGAGACAAAUUCCUAAAGCUUAAAAUUUAUGGAAUUUUCAGGUACCAUUAGCUGAAGUACCAAACAAAUGGAUUAAGAUCUUAGUUCUAGAUAAAGUCAUUAAAGUCUCAAAAAUAAUUCAUUAUGUACAACCACCAGUUAAGACAAAAAUGUCAUUUUAUAACAUUAGGGCAUAUAAUAAAAUUUAAAUUUCCCAUUUAUUAAAAGGGCUUUCAAAUAACUCUAAUUAUGGUUCCACUUAGAAAAACCAAAAUUAUGGUAUCCUUAUUUUCUAGGAACCCUGACCAAGACUUCGUUGGCAUAAUUCUUUAAAAAGAUCUUCGUGGCUUCGAAGGCUAGUUUUUUAUGCAGUUAUUACACAAAAAAGCAAGGUUGCAUUCUGCCUUUUGCAUACCCUGCCUAGAAGUAUUCAGAUCUUUGAGAACAAAUUUAAAUUCUCAUCUCAAUCCUUUGAUUUUGAAUGACAAUACCAUAGAACUGUGCUUGCCCCCUUUAUGUGUUAGUUCUUACUACAGCUUUGCAAAGUUGAGAAUGUUGCACAAAUUAUUCCUUUUGUAGUCUGUUGCUGUGCAUUUUGUACUUCAUUAUAAACUUUUGUAAGCUUCCAGAUUCAAUAAAGAUUACUUUUGCAUAACUGUCACAAGAUUUCCUUUUCUCAGUAAUCAACUUACUUGAUAAAGUGUUAAUCUGUGGCUCAGAUAACAAGCUUCUUAUUGCAAAAUCACUGUGAAAAUACCAAUAGGUACAACUUUAAUGUGCUUUAUGAAGAUUUAUGGGAACCAGAUUUGAGUAGUGCUUAUGGGACAGGUUUUCAAAAGGUAGAAACAAAACCAAAGGAAAAUGGCUACUUAUAAAUCUAGAGCUACACAUAAAACCAAGUGGGCCUUCCUUAAGGAGACAUUGCUAAGGGAAGUAAUGGGAUUCAAGGGAAACUAGAUGGUUAUCAUGAACAGACACUGACCCUGGAGUGAGAAAAUUCAAAUCCCUCUCCAGGUACUAGACAAUUAAAAGCUGUGACUUUGGGCAAACCACUUUGAACCUCAAAUGCCUCAAAACAAGCAAAUUUGGUCACUGGUUUAGUUAUAGAUCACUAUUUCUGAAAAGGCAAUUGCCAAACUGCUCUUUUCACAUUAUGGAAUAAAAGGAGCAUCUCAACAAUGUAAAUAUUACAUAUGUAACAAGAAAUUUGUUACACCUUUUAAAUAUGCAAAAUUCUUCCAUUCAUUUCUCCUUUCCCUUACUUCCCAGAGAUGGCUACCACUAGACCCAAAUUAGGUAUAUAUACAUAUUAUAGAUCUCAAUAGGCAGAAAGUUCUCAAAAUACCAGAUCUUGAAGAAUCUGUCUGUGUGUCAAGAAACAGCACUAAAGACAUAAUUGGUUUAAGACUGGAAGAUUGUAUUAUUACUUUAUUUAAUUUGCAAAGUACAUCAUGCAAAAAAAUGUCUGGAAAAAAAUUAAAAACCCAGAAUGCAGAGUAAUCAAUCUCAGAUCAUGGCAGAAAGCAAACUAUUAAGCUACGGAUGAAGGUGAGAGGAGAGUGAAAAAUUACCUUGAACAUUUAAAAGCUGUUGGGAAAGCCUGAAGGCAAGGUUGAGAAGGGGCAUUAGAGAACAAAUGGAAUGUGUCAUGAAAGCAACAUGUUGGACAGACUUCAGAAGACAGUGGAUAGAAAUGCCUAGCAUGCAUUGGUCCAUAGGGUCAUGUGUCUGUCAGACAUGACAAUGGUGUAGGAGUUGUAGAUAAUAUCCAUCAUGAUUCAAGUCUCUUGGGUCUUCUAUUUCCCACUUGCAUUACUACUACUACAGAUCAUCAUGAGCUUUCUGAAAGUCUGUGGAA